CCGGCGGGCAUGGAGUCCUUCCUCAGGAAGCAGCUGACCUUCCUGGCCUUCUUCUGGGACAAGAUCUGGCCGGCGGGCGCGCCGCGGUUGCCGGACCCGGACUCCGACGCCGACGUGGAGCCGGAACCCGCGGCAGCGGAGCCCCCCACCGCGGAGCCCUGCAACCCCCCGGCCCCCGCGCAGCUCUUCAGGGCUGACUUCACGGCGCGGAGCGCGGAGGAGCUGAGUGUCAGCCGCGGGGAGAGGCUGCACGCCCUCAGGGAGGAGGGCGGCUACAUCCUCGCCCGCAGGCUCGCGGGCUGGCCCAGCACGGGGCUGGUGCCCAUCACCUACGUGGCCGAGGCCGCCCCUGAGACGCUCUGGAACCAACACUGGUACUUCAGUGGCAUCAGCCGAACCGAGGCCCAGCAGCUGCUCCUGUCCCCCACCAACGUGCUGGGGGCCUUCCCCGUCCGGCCCAGCGAGAGCAGCCACGGGGACUACUCACUGUCAGUCUGGGCCCGGACCAAAGUCCACCACUACCGCAUCUCCAAAGCAGCCAACGGCAGCCUCUACCUGCAGAAGGACCAGCUCGUCCCCAGCCUGGAGGAGCUGCUGGCCUAUUACAAGGCCCACUGGAAGCUGAUCCAGAACCCACGGCUACAGCCCUGUGUGCCCCAGCCCCAGGCCAGUGCGGAGGCUGUGGGAGGAGAUGCCGGUGGGGAUGGCGCCACACCUGCGCUGGAGCCGUGGUGCCUGCGCCUGUCCCAGCGGAGGAAGCUGGGCGAAGGCUACUUCGGGGAGGUGCGGGAAGGCCUGUGGCUGGACUCCAUGCUCCUGGCCGUCAAGGUCAUCAGACCAGCUGACGUGAAGGUUGCCGACCUGGCCCAGGAGAUCCAGACGCUCAUGAGCCUGGGGCACGAGUGCCUCAUCCGGCUGCACGCGGUGUGCUCCGCGGGCGAGCCGGUGUACGUCGUCACCGAGCUCAUGCGCAAGGGCAGCCUGCAGGCCUUCCUGGGCAGCCCCAAAGGCCAGGCCCUGAGCCCGCCCCUCCUGCUGACCUUUGCCUGCCAGGUGGCCGAGGGCCGGAGCUACCUGGAGGAGCGGCGCAUCGUGCACCGGGGUCUGGCCGCCAAGCACCUGCUCGUGGGUGACGACCUGGCCUGCAAGGUGGCUGACUUUGGCCUGGCCCGGCUGCUCAAGGACGACGUUUACUCCCCACGCAGCAGCUCGAAGAGCCCCGUCAAAUGGAUGGCGCCCGAGGCAGCCAACUACUGCGUGUACUCACACGUCUGGUCCUUUGGGGUCCUGCUCUACGAGGUCUUCACCUACGGCCGGCGUCCCUACCAAGGAAUGAGCAACCACGAGACCCUGCAGCAGAUCUCGAGAGGGUACUGGCUGCCGCGCCCGGCCGCCUGCCCGGCCAAGGUCUACGCGCUCAUGGUGGGGUGCUGGAGGGGCCGCCCCGACGAGCGGCCGGACUUCGCCACGCUGUGGGGUGGUUCUUUGGCCGGAUCUCUCACUCGGAAGCCCUGCACCGACUGCAGGCCGCGGGCAACGACCCCACCUGGGCCUGACUUUGGGCUCCUGGUCGCUAAACCCUUCGUGCAUGCAGAGCCCGGCCCCGGCCUGUCCCCUCCGCUGCGCUUGCGGGACCAGCAGACCGUUCGCCACUACAAGAUCUGGUGGCAGGACGGCCAGUUGCACCUCAACGAGGCUGUGUCCUUCCCCAGCCUGCCCGAGCUUGUGGACCACCACAAGGCCCAGAGCCUGUCCCACGGCCUGUGGCUGACCUCGCCCCGCCGAAAGCCCAGGGACUCUGGCUACGUGGGAACCGUGGUUGUACAGAGCCGGGCGCGGGGGGACGGACAUGGCCCUACAUUUGAGGAUAGACCAGGGGCUGACUUCCGGAGGACGGGUGCCCCCGCCCUGUGUCCCUGCAGCAUAAGCCGGAGCCCCUGCCCCACUGUGACAACUGGGAGAGGCCGCGGGAAGAGUUCACGCUCUGCAGGAAGCUGGGCUUCCGGCUACUUUGGGGAGGUCUUCGAAGGGCUCUGGAAGGACAAGGUCCGAGUGGCCAUCAAGGUGAUCGUCCGAGCUGACCUUCUGCGUCAGCGCACGUUCCAGUUGGAGAUCCAGGCCAUGAAGCAGCUGCGGCACGAGCACAUCCUGGCACCGUACGCUGUGGCGCCCGUGGGGGACCCCGUGCACGUCAUCGCAGAGCUCCUGCCCGAGGGGAGCCUGCUGGAGCUGCUGCGGCACUCCGAUGAGAAAACCCUGCCCAUCUCGGAGCUGGUGGGCAUUGCAGCACAGGUGGCCGAGGGCAUGUGCUACCUGGAAUCGCAGAAUUACAUCCACGGGGACCUGGCCGCCAGGAACAUCCUCGUGGGGGAAAACAACAUCUGCAAAAUCGGGGACUUUGGGCUGGCCAGGCUCAUCAAGAAGAACGUCUACCCCUCCCAUGACCACAGCAUCCCUUACAAAUGGACCACCCCCGAGGCACCCUCCUGA